GAGAGAGGGAAUCAAGCCUCUUGUCCUCAAGCUUGCCAUUCCCCUGGCCCUUCCCUUGGCUGGUUUCAUCUUCUCUACCAUCACUAGAAAGUGUAGAACACGAAACAGAGCCCCCUCCAGUGCUUCAAGCCGAGAGGGGAGCUUAACGAUGGAUUCCUCUGAAUCCGUUUCCCUGUACGAGUCCGAGGAUGAGGAGAGCUCACGAGGCCAGGAAGAAGCACAAAGAGAACUCGUGGAACACUGCGAUCCCUCGGAAGUCGUGAGGGUGCAAUGCCCAGAGAACUUGGAAGGAGAGAUCGAGAGUCUGAAGUGUCUUGUAUCUGCCAUGGACGACAGAGCGAGCGAAGCCGAAUCGCAGUUCCUGGACUACCGUGACGCGAAAGAGAAGGAAUCGCUGUUUCAGAAGCUCCAGAUCAUGUGCUUGGGUUUCCAGCUCGAGUGCCUCGAAACCCGAAACCAGAGGCUCGAGGCCACCAUUGCCGAUCAACAGACAGCCUUGGAGAAGCUCGAGGAAAUGAGAGCAGAGCACAAAUGGCUUCGGAGGGAGGGGAAGAAGCUGGCCAAAGCAGAUGGGCUUCAUCUGCAUGAAGCGCGACGGCAGGCUCGGAUUCUAGGCGCUCGAGAAGCCGAGUUGUCGCAGAUCAAAGAGGAGCUGCGAUACGUCAAGGAUUUAGCCGAUCAUCUGCAGGAGGAGAAGAAAGCAUUGGAUCAAAAGAUGGACUCACUCGCAGCGAAAUAUCAAUCUGCAUCAGAGAUUGAAGAAGAUGGCAACAUGAGGAUGGCAUCCAACAAGGAAUUUCUCGAUCAACUAGAGCAGUUCCGGCAUCAGUGGUACCUGGAGAUGGAGGAGCUCAUCUAUAUAGGCUGGGUGGGUGCAUGCUUAAGGCAUGAGCCCUUGAUGGAUCAAGAAGAACAACUGCAGGAGAUCAUGGAGCUCCCAGCAGAUGAUGAGGCCGAGGCGCGCAAGGUGGAACUCCAUGAUUCCUCAGCAAUUGCAGAGACUGGCCAUGGAGCUUGCUUGGAUGCUGCAGCAAGGAAGAAUCAAUCAGGUUCGAAGAAGCCAAGAUUGCUGCACAAGCUCAAAGGAUGGGCCAAGGGAGGAAAGGGGGUGUCGAAACAGCUUCGAGAUUCGUGAGGAUUCAGCAAGGGGUAAGAUCGAACAAGGUUAUUAUUA